AUGAUUUAUGGUACAAUGACCUUUUCAAAAGAUAUGGACAAUAACGAUGCACAUCAAGUCUCUGAUAUUGACAUUCAAGAAGAUAAGAAGCAAUCCAAUACAGCAGGCAGAAAAAAAGCCAAAGGACUUGCAGAAGAACCAAAUGCAAAAAGCCGUUUUAGACCCAAAUCAGGCUCUGCUAUCAACGAUGUGAUUAUUGAAGCAUUGUCACCUUUUGACUAUUAUUUUUCUAUUGCACGAACGGAAAGCAUGGUUAUUAAAACUGUCGCGAAUAUCCUCUUGUUGUACUUUAUCAAAUUAUACGUUACUCAAAGGAUAUGCGCUGUUGAUCUUUUUAAUAUCAUCUACAUCGGAGUAUUGCGAAAAUACUUUGGAACCAGAAUCGGAGUUUUACUCAGCUUUUUUUAUGGUAAUAUCACUAAAAGUGAUUAUUCAGCUCGCGAUGAAGAGUGGCUGGAAUUUUCUUCAAUGAGCGAUGAGAAGCCAACCUGA